AUGUCUUCGAUGAAUGUACAAGCUCAGUGUGUACUAACAUGUAAAUCAGGGCACUAUCAUGGAGUGGAACCCCCUGGUUCACAUGUGAGCACAACACUAAGUUUGAUGCAGCACGGAGUCACUUGUAUCAAUAAUAAUACCAGAGUCACAACAAACGCCUUCUUCUUUCUUGAGACGAUGUCUUCGAUGAAUGUACAAGCUCAGUGUGUACUAACAUGUAAAUCAGGGCACUAUCAUGGAGUGGAACCCCCUGGUUCACAUGUGAGCACAACACUAAGUUUGAUGCAGCACGGAGUCACUUGUAUCAAUAAUAAUACCAGAGUCACAACAAACGCCUUCUUCUUUCUUGAGACGAUGUCUUCGAUGAAUGUACAAGCUCAGUGUGUACUAACAUGUAAAUCAGGGCACUAUCAUGGAGUGGAACCCCCUGGUUCACAUGUGAGCACAACACUAAGUUUGAUGCAGCACGGAGUCACUUGUAUCAAUAAUAAUACCAGAGUCACAACAAACGCCUUCUUCUUUCUUGAGACGAUGUCUUCGAUGAAUGUACAUGCUCAGUGUGUACUAACAUGUAAAUCAGGGCACUAUCAUGGAGUGGAACCCCCUGGUUCACAUGUGAGCACAGCACUAAGUUUGAUGCAGCACGGAAUCACUUGA